AUGCAGCAGCAACCUGGUGUGGCGCUUUCGCUUACGGGCAGGCGGAGGGUUUUGGCCAGAAACACAUCACUGCUGUUGCUUGUUACGACGUGGUUCUCAAAAAAAGAUGACGCCACAUGUGAAGUAAAAGGUGGGAGUAAAGUCUUACCAAGAACGAUAAAAGGUAAUGGCAAUGGACACAAUGGUGCAAUUUGUGUUGGUAUAGGAACAACAUACACGGCAUCUUUUCUUACAAAGAAGUUAAAUAUUGGUGGGAAAAGAGUAAACCUUGCAAUAUGGGAUACAGCUGGUCAAGAAAGAUUUCAUGCAUUGGGGCCGAUCUACUACAGGGAUUCUAAUGGCGCUAUUCUAGUAUAUGAUAUAACAGAUGAAGACUCUUUUCAAAAGGUAAAAAACUGGGUUAAGGAAUUAAGAAAAAUGUUGGGAAAUGAAAUCUGUUUAUGUAUAGUAGGUAACAAAAUAGACUUGGAAAAAGAGAGACAUGUUUCAGUGCAAGAAGCAGAAACGUAUGCUGAAUCUGUUGGAGCAAAACAUUAUCAUACUUCAGCUAAACAGAACAAAGGAAUUGAAGAACUGUUUCUUGACCUUUGUAAAAGAAUGAUAGAAACUGCUCAAGUGGAUGAAAGAGCAAGAGGCAAUGGUUCCAGUCAGUCAGGAAUAGCAAGGCGAGGUGUACAGAUUAUUGAUGAUGAGCCACAAGUACAGAGCAGUGGAGGGUGCUGUUCUUCUGGAUAAUUAUAAAACUGUGCAUCACUGCCCUCUCAAUAUGAAGACUGCCAUAUUCCAAGUCACGCAUUCUUUACCAAUGGAGUAAUAGAAUUAACAGUAUUUAAAAGUAAUCACAUGUAACACUGCAGAGACCUUAAGUGCUAAACUAGUGGCGUCUGUGACCAGAGAAUUGGCAUUUUCUACCGUGGUUAACAAAGCAAUUACCAAUGGCCUUUUUACAUAUUUUUCUUUAAUGAGGAAUAAUAUGCAUGUAGAAAAGACCUACUUAAAGGCUUCAUUUAUAUUCUUUUAAAUCAGAUCAUUAUUUAAUAACUUAUAUACAUUGUUGUUGGAAUGGUAUAUGUUUUUGCAGCUCUUUGUAUUUUGUGGUAGGUUGAAUUGUAUCACUUCUAAAAUGCAAAUUGAUUUUUUUUUUAAAUUAGCAGAUAUCUGAAGUAAUAUUUUUGCAGGGCCUCCACAAGCCUAUAACUGUCAACUACUUUGAUAUAUUCUGUUCAUCCUGUAUGCCAAGCUGGUAAAAUACAUUGUAAAUUACAUUAAAUAUUUUAUCUGCUUUUAC